AUGUCAAAUCUAGCAUUUUUCGUCAUGGAAGGCUCUUCGACAUCCACCUUGCAAACCGAUAAUGACUCUUUAAGAGAAGAGUUAAAAGAAUUGCGAGUAAAGCUUUGUGAACAGCAAGAAAAAUGUACAGAGCUUAUGCAAAAAGUCAAUCCAACACAUAUCCAACCAAUUGAGAAGCCACUUGGAAAGUCGAAAAUAUCUAUCAAUACCACGUUUAGUCUUAACAAAAAAGAAGGACAAGUUCGUCGUGUAAAAGCUUAUUUUGGUGACCUCAUAAGAAAAAGCAAGAUUCCUCCAAACACAACUUAUAGAACUCUUGAAACAGUUCUUGCUGAAAACUGGGUUGAAGCGGCAAAGAGUCGAUAUGAAGAAACUUUUGGUUUCCAGGAAUGGGUUUUUCGUGAAGCUUUAAAACAAAAACUUCAGGAUCGAAGCUCGUAUUAUAAGCGAAAAAAUAAGCUCAAGGCUAAACGGGUGGAAAAAUCAGUCGUCUCCACGAUGACAGUAUCAAGUGAUGAAUCUGAAAUUGAAGUGAUGGCAGUACCAAGCAAUGAAAUCUUGAAACAAACGAGCAAACAACGAAAAGGGAAAGAACCUGCAGCGACGACAGUACCAAGCGAUGAAUCGGAAAUUGAAAUCUUGAAACAAACGAGCAAACAACGAAAAGGGAAAGAACCUGCAGUACCAAUCGAUGAAUCGGAAAUUGAAAUCUUAAAACAAACGAGCAAAAAACGAAAAGGGAAAGAACCUGCGUUUUCUGACCCGCCCAGCAGGAGAACACGCAACAAGAUGAAAUAG